GCCAAGCAAAGAAUUUGUGCUUUUCUUCCGUGUGUGCUCUCCAUAUCCAUGACCAUUGGAAGGUGCUGCAAGUACCGAGCGUUUGAAUGUUGUAGGAUGAUUUUGCCAUGCACGUUCCAUCAGUAUUCCAUCUCCGGGUGAUCUGUUCUGGUUGAUCAUUGAAUUGCACUUGUUCUACUGCAUCGCAUCGCAACACAAAAUCAGCCAUUUCUACAGCAGCGGACCAUUCGCCAAAGCCCUCAAGUCCGCAUGGACAAGUUUGGAGUACCUGCAGUCACCGGAGAAGCCAUGGGGAUCAAGAAUUCCACCACAACCUUUACCCAGAGCUGGGGCAGCACUCAAGGUCGGCUGGUGCGCGUGGAAGUCCUCGUCCUCUUCAGCGCCUUGAUCUGGAUCCUCGUCAAGUUUUUUGGCUCACGCCGGCGGCGGUACAGCCAGGGGUUCUUCCGCUUCUUCGUGUGGGUGGUGUACACGCUCUUCACCGUGCUGGGCCCCUACACCAUCGGAUUGCUGCAGGAUGGUCCCUUCCGUGACCAGACUUUCGUCCUGUGGGGCACCAUCCUCCUCUUCAUCCAAGUGAGUGUCGAUUCCCUCUCAGUUUACAGCAUACAUGACAUUGAGCAGAGGAAGAGGAUGCUUGUGCAGCACUUGAUACAGAUCAUCCUUGUGCUAUGGCUGAUUGUGAAUUGCAAAGGUCACAACAAAAGCUACACUGUAAACAUCUGGCUAUUCUGGAUUCAGAGCGUCAUUUUGACGUACACAAAGUAUCAGAGUUUAAGCAACGCGAGCAAAAAAGGAGGUUUGCUGAAGCUGUCUAAAGUAGUCGCUGAUUACAUGAUGAUUGAGCAUGAGCAAAUACCUCGGGACUUCAACCCUGGAACCAUGGAAGGGUACAAGUACAUUUUCCACGGUGAAGAACAAGUAGCUUCCCUGCUUCCCACCGCACCUGAAUAUAGAGUUAAAUUUACAGAGGCCACAAGGAGAAAAUACACCGCCAUUGAUUCCGUGUGGCGAUGGAUCGAGAGAGAGAGCGCUUUCAACCAGGAAGCUAAGGAAACACUGAAGGACGUUGCGCUCUCCUUCUCACUGUUUAAAUUGUUGAAGCGGAGGUUGUGCGGAUACCAGAUUGGUGAAGCUGGCCUCGCCAAGACAUUAGAUUUCGUGCUUAAAGGGCUCAUCUCUGAACGAGGUAACUAUGUUCGUGCUUUUGGAGUUAUAGAGAUGGAGUUGUCAUUCCUAUAUGAUUUCCUCUAUACAAGGUUCGACACAGAGUAUUCUUCGUUUAAGGGCUGGGCACUAUGUUUUGUCAUAAUAACCGUUAUUGUUUCAAAUAGUAUCUCAGGAGCAUUUAGCAGGCACUACCAUCGCAGUAGUUUGGAACAGAGAGUUCAUGGAAUCGAUGUUACUCGCUGGGUAACCAUUGUGCUGCUUAUCAUUGUGUGUGCAUCGUAUCUUGUAGCAGCUGCCACCCAAGACUGGAGGUGGGACAUAGUGGACGAGCUCCAUUCCAACGAACGACCCACGUGGGAGACAGGUUUGGUCGAAACUUCUAGUGUAAAACGGAAAGCAAAAAAAUCAUGGCAGAGAGCGCUUGGGCAGCACUCCCUGUUACUCAACUUCGACUACCACCCGAGGAAUGUGCUAUCGCUUCUGUCACUAGGUUUGGUCGACCCAACAAGAGAAGGACAGAAGGCUGGGGAAACGAUCAAGUUGACAGAUGAACUCAUCGAGCGCGUCCUUUCUAGGUUCAAAAAGAGCAAGGGACAGUUACAAGAUGGGCAAUCGGCUCUAGCCAAAAAUCAGCUGGGAAGCCAGUUCUCAUGGGCCUGCACCCUGUCCACACAUAUACAUAAGAUUCUUGUAUGGCACGUCGGGACGACCAUCGCCAUGGAUGGUCACCCGGUUCCUCCAACCGGCGACCACCGUGUUGCCAAGACAUUGUCGGACUACUGCGCCUACUUGGUGGCUUUUGUUCCGGACAUGCUGCCCGGCCAUGGCUAUGACACCCAGCGCAUCUUCGACGCCGUGGUUGUGGAAGCUCGGGAAAGCAUCAGUGGUUGUGACAGUUUAAGCAGCCGGUGUGAGAAGCUGGUGAUGGCGGUCUUGCCGAGCAACAGCAGCUGCACAAUCCUGGAGCUGGGGGGCAGGCUCGGGAGGGAGCUCAGGGGCGUGGUUCCGGAGGAGCAGAGGUGGAAGGUGUUGGCUGACUUCUGGGCCGAGUUCAUCCUCUUCCUCGCGCCAUCAAGCAAUGUUGAGAUCCACACUGAGAUGCUUGCCGCCGGCGGGGAGUUCAUGACCCAUCUCUAGGCACUGCUCACACACGCCGGCAUUCUGGAGCGCCCCUCUACGACCGACGGUGCGCGAGGUAACAAUGGUGCCCCUGCACAUGAUUUACCUGUUUGAGGGAUCAAAACAUUCUAGUCUGAAGCGCACUGCUAGCACUUCUGCUGGAGUGAUUGGUUUGUGAUGAUUGCUGAUUCGUCAGAUUUGAUGUUGAUUUGUGUAUGAUUUGAUGAUUUGAUGUUUUCAAAUGAUUGUGUAUUUGUGUUGUAAGUUAGCACUUAGCAGUGUGCUGUUCGUGUAACAAAGCAGAGUUGUGUGAUUCAUUUACUUUAUGUAUAUGUACUUUCUCAGCCGAAGGAGCAUUCG